AAGCCAACAACUACAAAGAGGCCCUGAGUAAUCACGUUCCCAGGUCGCCAACAUCUCAAACGGCCAAGAAAACGACAAAGACAGCGUCAUCAGUGCUGCGAGUUUGCCUGCCCGGGCCGUCCUCAACACGUCAACGUCUCUUCCAUUUUUCUCUGAUUACUAGACCAUCCCCAUCUUCAGCCACCAAGACUGAUCUGAGGUCUACGCACGUACUCACGCACCCAGCAUCGGCAAGGAAAAUGUCGACGCAAAACACGCAAAACAAGCAAUAUGCCGCCCUAGGCCAAGGCCAGCCGCUGACGACACAAACGAGCGCCAAACCAGCCCUCGAAGCCGCGGACGAGGUGCUGAUCCGGGUGCGGGCCGUGGCCAUCAACCCGGCCGACUACAAGAUGGUUGGUCAAGGACAGCGCGGGACCGUGUGGCCGCUGGUGCCGGGGCUCGACGGCGCGGGGGUGGUCGAGGCCGUGGGCGCCGACGUGCGCCGCUUCGCCGUCGGCGACAGGGUGCUGGCCAUGUUCAGCCCCGCUGCCAACCGAACCGCUUCAUACCAGACGCAUGCCGUGCUGCGCGAGCAAAAGGUCGCCCGCAUCCCCGACGCCUGGUCCUUUGAGGAGGCUGCUGGGUUGGCGACAUGCUACAUGACGGCCGUGGUCGGGCUCGGGCUAGGGCUGGCGAUGCCGCUCCCGUUCCUCACAGACAGCAGCCCCAACACCUUCCAGCCGUCGUCGGUGCUCGUGGUAGGCGGCAGCUCAGCUCUCGGCGCCGCAACACUACAGCUCCUGCGCCUCGCUCUCCCACCAAGCACCAUCAUCCUCGCGACGAGCUCGCCGAAACACCACAGCCACCUCGUCAGCGCUCUCGGUGCCACUGCAGCCCUCGACCGCAACUCGCCCGAGCUGGCCGCACAGGCUCGCGCGGCAUGCCCCGGCGGGCGCGGUGUCGACGCCAUCGUCGACGCUGUGGGUGGCGCCGACGCCGCCGUCUUCGACGCCCUCGACCCGGCCGGCCCCAGGCGCUACGCCCAGGUGUGGACGGGCGGCGCCGAGAUCGACGCCCCCGCCGGUGUCGACUCGGUCCUCUUCCGCGGCCGCGACCUGCCGCGCGUCCACGGCGCCGCGGACCUCGUGACCGCGCUGCAGCGACUGCUCGAGCAGGGCGCGUAUAAGCUGCCGCUGCCGGUCAGUCUCGUCGGCCACGGGGUAGACGGGCUGCAGAGAGGCCUGGAACUGAUGCGGCGCAGUGUCAGCGGGGAGAAGCUGGUUGUUACGUAGUCGCUAUGAAUACGUAGUUGAGGUACAUUCUGCUGUGUUCUUCAGCACCUAGAUUGCACAAUAUGCUCGCACAUGCCCGCAGUUGAUAUCGUGGUUUG